CGGAAGAAAAUGGAAACGUUCUGAUUCUUCCGACUCCGAUUCCGUCGAGCUUAUGACUCCGCUUACGACUCCGUGUUUCGAUUUUCACUGGGUCAUAAGCGCUCUUACGACUCCGACUACGACUCCGACUCCGUCGCUAAUGAAAACCAGCCUUUAGUAAACAAACUCGCCUACAUAAGCGGGUUCACCUUUAGGGCCUGAUUACAUGAGCCGGGCUGAUUUCUUUUAUUUUGGUGUUCGUGAAAACAAAAGAAAUCGACCGAGUCACCUGCCGAAUCGCCCAAAGUAGGCCCAGUCUUCGAAACACAACUGGAGCCGCAAACUCCUGGGAAGGAGCGAUGUUUUCUUAGCUCAAAUCCAGUCGGGGAGCAGAAACCGAAAAAUUAGAGUUUCGUUAAACCAUCGUCCCGGAAAAAGUUUGACACACUUGAUUCUGGUAAUUCACGGAAACAGAUUCCUUUCAAUUUCGGAUUGUUCAACUGGAAAAUAACCAUAAAGUUCAGAACUUUAGCAUGUCCGAACCUCCUGUUACCACUGAAACUGAAAGCUCUCCAUAAUGACUUCGUCAAACUACUGAUAAGUCGUUCGAUUUAAAGCCAGUAGAAGAAGAAUGUUAGGCGCUGUGGUGGAAUUCCUAAUAUACAUCGUUGAAAGUUUCACCGGAAGUGCGAUCGAAAAUUACUCCCCGACGAUAUGUCAAGGAGUUGAUGGUGAUAUAAGAAGAGCUUUAAACGAUGAAGAUCAAGAUGUUGAAGCUUUACUUGAGGAAGACGUCCUAAGAGAAUUCACUGAAUUUGAUUCACGCGGUGUCGAUACCGUCUUUCAAGAAUUUGAUCCCCCAGAAGGAAGACAAGGCAAAAUGGCGUGGAAAUUGUCGCGACCUCCGAAGCUUAAAUUCCUUUUUACUUGUUUUAAGACGGUCUUUACGAUGCAGUUCGUGGUUGGUUCUUCCAUCGGUUUGCUGGCGAUUGCAAUCGCAGUGUUAGAUUUCAACACCGCUGAUCUUUGUUACGAGAAGACAACUCAAUGGUACAGCAUGCCACGAGGGAUUCAAAGCAUUCGGGUCACUGGCGCGUCGAUAGAAGGGUUCUUUAUCCAGCUGUGGCAUUUUUCAAUAAUGGUAUGCAUGUUCGGGUUUUCAGUUAUGAAAGAACUUAACCUUUUUACGGUCAAUCUCCUUGCUGCUUUUACUGACUGUUGCUACCGCCUGUAUCUACAAAUAUUUGGUAUGUACAAACAGUCAUGGAUGAGUUACCCUUUGAAUGUUCUGUUUGUCUCAAUGGUGAUGACGGAUAGUGUGAUCAUAGGUAAGCAUAUCAUACCCGCACAUUUGUACUCCAAGAGGACCCUAUCGAAGAUUACAGGUCUUCUAGCCUUGCAGUUUAUAUUUGGUAUACCUGUUUGUUUCUUACUUGUCUACAAGAUCUUCCCAUGGUAUAACGAAAAAUCGGAGAUUGAGAAAGUGUUCAUCGCAGGUUUAAGCCCAUUAUUUUUAUCGAUCCCGAAAGUGAUCGUUCGCACAGCCGUACCAAAGUUCAACCUGGUUCACCCCGGAGUUUUGCACCUCCUGAUAGGUUCUUUAUAUACUGCAGGAGCUUUUGUCUUUCGUGUUAUGCAGGCAGAGUUGGUAAGCUUUUGGUUAUUUGUCGCUUUAGGCGCUGGUCAUGCUUUGGUUGACCUAGUGGAGCGCUUAACAGUUUCUAUGAGGGAUUACAUCUGGGAAUACGCCUACAAACUACUGUCUCGCUGCUGCAGAUCACGCCCACGAGAUUUCCCAGCAGGCAAAGCCCGCACCCCUCGAAGCAUGCGUUUUGUUGCAGACGUUAGCAUUCAACUUGUCAUAACCGAAGCCAAUGCCUUGGUGUCAGCGGUAGGAUUCAGCCAGUUGUACAAGUUCACGUACCCGGAUGACGUCCGAACGCCUGAUGGUUACUUUGAGAAUCUCAUCUGGCAAUUCUUGGCCCGUUGUGUUACUGGCCUAGCUAUAGAUGUAUUUUUCAACACUAUAUCUUUGUGGCUGCAAGCGAUGUACCUAAAUGUUGCCGUGUUGAAAGUCUGGGGAAGCAAGCAGUGGCGAUAUCACGUCAUUGCCAAUGUAGUUUGUACGACAAUGGUAGUUUUGUAUUUCACAGAGUAUCUGUUUGCAAUAGUUAGAAGCAAAAGUGACGGUAAAAAGUUUAAAAGGUUUGCCUUUAAUUGUUCUUUACCCUUUUCCAAAUUCUAAAACAGGAAUGGAACUGUGGCGUUAUUUUAAAAAGCAGCACAGUAUCUUGGAUAUCCGUCGUAAUAGAAAUAAGAAAUUAUGGCAAAGGAUCUCUUCCACCAACACUGCGU